AUGAGUGAUCACAUCGACCACACUAACCUGAGGGUCGUGGACAAACUGCAGUGGGUUUUAGAACGUGUAAGUGGGGCUGGAUAUUACAGCGAAAACAAGAUUUGUGUGAAAUUCUAUGCUGUUCUUCGGAAGGGAGCUGGUACAGGACAUGAUGAGAUGCAUCUUAUCUGCGAUGGCAAAAAAUAUAAGAUGAAGCCAUUAAGGAGUGAUGCUGAUGGACAGAUUUUCACACGAGAGCUGUUACUUCCCAGGACAAGUAUGUUUCACUACAUAUAUUGUCUCACUGAAAAGAAGAAAGACAAAUUCGAAACCCUUGAAGAUGAAAAUCAGAAGUAUUCAUACAGAACUUUGUUCAGAAACAUCUCUGAAAAGGAUGAAGUAUUCUACCAGUUUGAUGAUGUAUGCAUGCAACCAGGAUGGAUGUUGAAUAGGACCCUGGAGAUUAUGACAAUACAACUGGAAUUCAUUCAGUUAACAUUAACACAGCUAAUGAACUGCACAAAUGCAGAACUAUCAGAUCUGCACUCUAAAAUAUAUUUUUUUAAUCAGUGUCUACAAACCAGAAGUUUUUUAAACUCUGUAAAAAUGAGUGCUUUAAAAUUACACUUUUCUUGGGACAGUCUGAAGGAAAAACUGGACAAAGCCUUUAGGCAUACAAUUGAGCAGUCGAAAGAUAACACUCCAGUUCAGUAUGUUCUUGCUGCAGCAUUUCUUUCAAUGUAUUUUGAUUUAAAUCCUGAAAAAGCUACCAUUGAAAAGCUGUCUAAAAUGAUCAAAAGCAAUGGUGAGCUUCAAGGCACACUUGGAGGUCUCAAAGACUCAGUGAGAGGGUCAUUUUCUCAAGCUGUGCAUAUUAUGUUCAACUUGGCCUGUAACAAAUCACCAAAUGCAGCUCUUUGGUUUAUGGCCCUCUUCUAUGCAGUAUCUUCAGAACCUGUUCAGCUGUUCACAGAUAUACAGCAACCUACAGUACAAAUAUCAAAAAGGGACUUUUCAGAAAUGACCAAGACCCACUCCUCAGUGAUAAACAGACAGAAAGCAUUCAGAACUGCUGUACUAGAUAUGGCUAAUCUAGAACACCUUGAAUGCUUAUUGAAUCUCAUCAUCACUCCAGAUGAACACCUGUCAAAGCUGAUAAAAUGGCAGAACUCCUACAGUUUCCAUAAACUGCAUCAGGCUGCAAAAACAGUUGCUGUGCAGAUUAAUUACUGGUUACAAAAAAGCCAAGAAAGAACAACUUCAGAAAUAUUGAAGGAGGAAGUACACACCUGCCUGGGAAAAACACUGAGCUUCCUCACCACAUCAUUAAACGAAAUGAAGUGGACAGAACACUGGGACAAUGUCCUAGUAGCGCUACAGCUUCUGAACGCUUUCACUGACUGUUUUGACCGUCUUGUAGAAAACAUGAACACAGAUGAUUACAAGCCCAGUAUUGUUCGUCUAAUGGAGAAAAUGUCUGCAUGCAUCUCCAGAUGCCAGCAAGGCAGAGACACAUUGAAAAUAACACAUUGGAAUGGCGUGUUUAAUCUUCGAUUACCAAAUAUGUGGCAAAAAGACUGGGAGGAAAUUUUAAAGAAGCACUAUAAAGAGCACCUGAAAAAGAAAAACAUCACUGACCAAGUGAAAUACUACUGUUAUUAUUAUGGUGUUUGUCCAGCAAUGGAAGAGUGCAUGUUAGUUUGUGCCCAAGAUGCAAUUAACAAACUGACGUCUAAGAGCAUCCCGAAAGGACCGCAGUCCAGUUUGAGGAAUCUAUUACAAUCAACAUCAAAGUUUCCUAAAUGUGCAACACUACUGUCCAUCAUUAUCGACAACAAACUAUGUGGUCUAGACUGGAACCAUGAGAACUGCUUUCAUCUUCUUUAUGAUGAACAACUAAAAGAUGUUUUCUUGACAAUAGAGCAACAAGGAAUGGACAAAAUCUGCAAGAAACAUCCCAAAAUAAAAGAACAAAUACAAGGAGUAAAGAAUCUAAUGGACCAACUGAUUAGGAAAAUUAUGAACAAGUCUCUACCAUGCAAACUAUUGAAAGAGAUCAUCAAAAGAAAGCAACAGAUCAACCGUUACUUUUUAGGAGAAAACAUGGAUGUAUUUCAGAAGGCAAUAGAGGAAGCAAAGGAGAAUUUUAAAAGACUUGAAAGCCAAAAAAGCAAAGUAAAGGUACUCAAUGAACUUAAUCAAGAUCUGCCAGUUGAUGUAAAACAUCUUGAGACAACUUUGUUGAUCGAUCUAGACAAGGAGGAACGUUCUCUGAAAACAAUCAUGGACACGCUAUUCAGUGAAGAACCUGGAAGUGAUACAUAUUUCCUCAAUGCUCAGCCAUUUGAGAAGAUUAAUUGUUUGCGUACAAGCACAUAUUUUAAAGAACUGUGGCGAAAAACAGCAAAUCAUGUCAAGGACACUGAGUUCAGAGAUAUUCAAUUAAUUCCACUGGAUGAAGUGUACGAUGAAAUUUACAAGCCAGCAUUUAAAGAUUUUAAAAACUCGUAUGAGACCUUGAGGGAUCUGUCAAUGAGUCUGCAGGACCUGAAGACUAAACUGGGCAAUUUUUUAGAUAACAUGUCAAAAGAACUGAAGACAAUGGGGGAAGUGUUUGGUGACGAUAAAGAUGAAUGGAUUCAGAAGACAGAAGAACACAUUGAAAGAUACAGAGCCCUUCAGGCUGCAAAAGAAAAUGCAGAUGUGAUCAUUGAAAUGAAAAAUAACCUUGGUCUAUGUGGAGACUUUGAUGGCAUUGAUAACAUCGAGCAUACGGAUGGAAAGCGCUUGUGUGAUCUCAGUGAAAGUAUGUUAAAAGUUGGAAACAAAUUGAUGAAAAUUCCAAAACAAACAGUUAGCUUUCUAAGAGAAUUAAAUGAAUGCAUCAGAAGAGGAUUCAUCUCCUGGAUUAAAGAAAUCAUAAAAGACACUGCAGAGCUAACUGCGUUUGUGGAGCUGGCCUCGAUCUCUGCUGGAGAAAAUACCAUGGACAUUGACAAAGUGUGCUGUUUCAGAGACGCCAUAUCUGCCACUGCACCAAUAAUAUACCAUCCAUCUGAAAACCUUGAAGAGCUCCUUCAAGCUGUCAAAAAGAUUCAACGUGCUUUAGAAAGUGAUGAAAAACUAAAAGAUAAAUUGAGAGACUCCUGUGCCAACAUGGAGUGGCUUAAAAUCGCCUAUGAGACUCAUGGAUCUGUUGAGAGAUCGUCUUUGCAACAGGCCACUGAUAUAAAUGAAAGUGGGAUUUACAGCAUCAAAAUUCCAUCUGGAGCUCAAACCAAGAUUUAUCUGGAAGACUGCAUCACAUUAAGAUGCAAAGAAAAUGUAUAUGGUGGACAUGAUGUAAAGUGUAGAACAUACAAUCUUGCUGAGCUUCAAGAACUGCAAAACAAACUGAUGCUGAUUACUGUGAGUGUUAAAAACCGAGAGGAUGAAAUCACCACUUAUAUUGAGGUUUUGGAGCAGAUGAUAAAUGUGGGAAAGUGCUUCCUCGAGCUCCGUGAUGCUGGACAUAUUCUGUUUCAAGACUGGGAGAUGGCGGCCUACUGCGGACAAGCACAUGAUAUUAAAAUUUGGGUGAAAUUUGGUAUUACAAGUGUAGAGAUCAAAGGUUACAGACAGUUGCUUGAUGAGUUGAAAGGACUGUGUGAAAGCAUGAGAGGUUGUCUCUCUGAAUGGUUAAAGUACAUAGAGCAGAAAAGGAACACAUACUACCAUUUAAAUUACUUUACAGCCAAACAGCUGGUCUAUCUGUGUUGCUCUCUGGCUGAAUUUCGGAUUGGGUGGGAGAACAUCAGCACUGGACUUCUAAACAUGUUGUCUAUCAUAAAGGACAGCAUUAAAGAAGAUGAUGUGAAAAAUGCACUCAUCAAAGCACUCGAAACCCCAGUUGACAGCGGUGGUUCACAGGAAUCACUUGAGCUCAAGAAGUUCCUCAAUGAUUAUCCAGACAUAAUAGAAUACUUUCUUGAUACAGGAUAUAGAGAGGAACAGAUCAAAGCAGCAAUAAAGUUUUGUGAAGAAGAUGAGCAAGUACCAGAAGAUUAUAAUGAUUCAGAGACUACAGAGGAGUACCGAAACACUGUGAUGGAAUGCAUUGAUGAUCAUGAAAAUGAUGACGAAUGGGUCCAGGAAUGGUAUGAGAAGUAUGAGGAAAGAAGGGAAUGCGUCCUUAAAAAUCAAAUGAAAUUCAAAGGUGGACUCACAACAGAAGAAGUGUCUUUUUCAAUGACUGAGGAGCAGAUUGAAGCAGCAUUUGCCAACUUGGAAAAUUCAGAUGAGAAGAUUGCGAUGCUUUGGAAGACAUACCACAACAAACUCUCAGGACUCGUAUCUGACAAGUUUGUAGAUUUAGAUGUUCUUGGGGAAACCAUGAACCACCUUUCCAAAUCUGCAGAAGUGACCGUGAAACGAAAACUGCCAAUUAUUUUGGAAGGUGGCAAACCCAACCUGAUUUCCUGUAAAGAUGUUGAAAUGCUUCCACUUUGUCUGUCUCUGUACAAUGAUAAAGAUCAACCGUUACCAGCCUACGAUGAAGUUUUGGUCUGUACCUCUGACACGACCGCAGAAGAGGUGGAACUGAUAAUCAGAAGAGCUGUACAGUCUGGCAGCAUGCAUGAGAAGAUCUACUGCUUACUGAAUGCAGAAAAACUCAAUCACGAUGUGUCCCGAAAGUUUGAAUCCAUUUUCUACCAAAAAACACAGGAGACUCAUGUCCAGGGAGACAUGUACAAGAGAAAUUACCAGUUCAUUAUCUUGUGUGACUCAAAGGCACAUCAGAGUUAUGUUGCCACUGCUUUUGACAUGUAUAAGAGAACAGUCACUGAAAAUCUGAAACGAAAUGAGGAAAUUAAACAGUAUCUUCUACACAAGCACCAAACAUCCCCAGAAGAUGAAACUGGAUUUAUGAAAUUGAACCAACCUGAUCAAUUUCAGCUGAAAACAAAACUCAUUUUCUCAGAACAUGCUGGCAUGGGUAAAUCCCUCUAUGCGAAAAAUCUUGUAAAAGUGUCUGAAGAAAACCUUAAAAAUUCAGGAUUUACUUAUAAAACAAUACGGAUGAGCCAGUCGCAGCUGAGGACUGAAGACAUUGUCUCUCAGCUGCAACAGUAUGAGGACAAACCCAUGGAAAAAGUCCCAAGAAUAUUUCACUUUGACAUUCCCCCUGUGGUGACAAAAGGACUGUACACAUUUCUGCUACAGCUGUUUGUGCUGAGAUGUUUCCACAGCCCUGAUGGUACCAUAUGGAGGUGCAAUGACUCCCACAUUUACUUGGUGGAAUACACAAAAAAAAAGUACAGGGAAUGUGACCAGCACUGCUCGGAGAUAUCACCUCAAGUAGAAGAUGUAUUUUUGGAAAUGUUGCCAACUGUUAAGUGUCUUUCUCCUGAGAAAACGCUGAGAUAUCUAGAGCAGAAGGGAUCAUGUGAUAAAGACUACCAACUAAUGGAUGAUGCAGAGUUUCAUAGUGAAGCCUUUCAGCGCACUUACCAAUACUUUAAAAUCUACAGACUCAAACCAGACCACCUUGAGGGUUUCUCUUUUAAUCCCAGAGUUGUUGAAGAUUCACCAAAGGAGUGGUUGGAGUGCCUUUUGCAGUUCUGUGACCUUAAAAACCCAUCUUGGGGAGAACUGAGGAAUUUCACACACUUUCUAAACAGCCAAUUGAAGAAAUGCGAACAAUCGUGUUUUUGUAGUGCUGCCUUAAAAGAUGACCUGACAGGCUUUAAAAAAUUUGUUGUGAAAUUCAUGAUGAUAAUGUCCAAGGAUUUUUCCAUGAGAUCCCUAAAGACGUCGGAUGACAGUGAUAAGAAUGUGCAGGAUGCAGCAGCAGAAGAUAUGGCUCUCAAAGAAUUCCAACUCCGACGACGAUGGGAACAACAGGCUCACCCUUACAUUGUAUUCAAUUCAGACAAUGAGUCCAUGACUUUUUUAGGAUUCCACAUUCACAACUUGGAUGCAGUUGAUGCUCGUACUAAGGUUGUAGUGGAGAAGAAUAUUAUUGAUAAGAGACUUUUUAACCAAUUAAAGGCUCAAAGAGUGCCAUUUAACAUUGACUUUGAGGAUCUGUCCCGUGAAGAGCAGCUUGGUAUUAUAGGCAGAGUGCUAGGAGUGCAGACCAUUGAGGAUCCUGAUGAUACAUAUCAGUUGACGUUAGAUAAUGUGAUGAAAAUCCUUGCCAUUCAUCUUCGGUUUGAGUCAGACAUUCCUGUAAUCAUCAUGGGAGAAACAGGAUGUGGAAAGACCCGGCUGGUUCAGUUCAUGUGUGAUUUGCUGAGAUCAAGGAAGAAAAAGAGACAAAACCUGAUUGUGGUGCGGGUACAUGGAGGCACAUCAUCAGAGGUAAUUUACAGCAAAGUAAGAAAGGCAAUUAAGAUUUCAAAAGAGAAUGAAAUGCAUAAAUUGGAUACAGUGCUGUUUUUUGAUGAAGCUAAUACAACAGAGGCCGUUAAUGCAAUUAAGGAGGUGAUCUGUGACAAGUCUGUCAAUGGAGAACAGAUCAAUGCACCUCGCCUUAAAAUCAUUGCAGCAUGUAAUCCUUACAGGAAGCACUCAAAGGAGGCCAUAGAGCAACUGGAACGAGCUGGAUUGGGAUACAGAGUCAGAAGUGAGAACACUGGGGAGAAACUUGGGCAGAUACCAAUGCGGCAGCUGGUCUACAGAGUUCAGCCAUUACCGCCAAGUCUUACUCCUCUGGUAUGGGACUUUGGAAAGUUAAACGAGCACACACAGGAGCUCUACAUCACACAGAUGGUCAAGACUUUUUUUGACAAAAAAAAACUUCCAAAUGAUGGAAAUCAAGCAUUAUUUACAAAGGUUAUUUCUGCCUCUCAGAAGCAUAUGGCAGAGUUAACUGAUGAAUGCCGGAUGGUCAGUCUCAGAGACAUAGAGCGGUGCAUGAAAACAGUCAUGUGGUUUUACCAACAAAGGCACUCAUUGUUUAAGGAAAUUGACAAAAGGAAGAAAGCAGAAGGAAGCAAAGAAAUUUAUAAUGAUUUGGUUCGGUCGCUUAUUCUUGCAGUUGGAGUUUGCUACUUGGCUUCACUGGAAAAUCGAAAUAAAUACUUAAAACAAAUUUCAAAAGCUUUCGCUUUGUCCUGUGUUGACAUUCAGAGAGAGAUUGAGUUUUGCAAAGAAGCAUUUAUAUCAAAUGUUGACUGCCCCACUUCAGUGGCAAAGAAUAAUGCUCUAAAGGAAAAUGUGUUCAUGAUGGUUGUAUGCAUGAACUUAAGAAUUCCACUGUUUCUAGUUGGAAAACCUGGGAGCUCAAAAUCUUUGUCUAAGACAAUUGCUGCUCAUGCAAUGCAGGGAAAGGCUUCCCCAAAUGAUCUUUUUAAGGGAUACAAGCAGGCACAACUGGCCUCAUUCCAGUGCAGCCCACACUCGACUCCUGAUGGGAUCAUCUCAAUAUUCAGGCAAUGUGCACAGUUUCAGUAUAAUAAAAAUUUGAAUGAAUAUGUUGCUGUUGUGGUUCUUGAUGAAAUUGGAUUAGCAGAAGACUCUCCAAAAAUGCCACUAAAAACAUUACACCCCCUACUGGAAUAUGGAUGUGUUGAUGAUGAAAGUCCUGAUGAAUUCAAGAAAGUUGGAUUUAUUGGAAUUUCCAACUGGUCACUGGAUCCAGCGAAGAUGAACCGUGGCAUUUUGGUUCUGAGAACAUCACCACUGGCAGAAGAGCUUAAAAACACAGCUCAUGACAUUUGUUCAAGCGAUAAGGAGGCAGUCAACAGUGCGAUUAGGGGCUUGAUUCCCAAGCUUACCAAGUUCUACUUAAGAGUGCUUGAAGAACAGAAAACUGAAUUCUUUGGACUCAGGGAUUUUUACAGUCUUGUAAAGUUGAUCAUGUCCUAUGUCAUAGAAGCAAAUGGCAGGCCAGCAGAUGAAGAUCUAACCAGAGCUGUGCAAAGGAAUUUUGAUGGUUUGGAUUCUCUAAAUGUUCUGAAAAUAUUUAGGGAUUUUUUUAUGGAAAUAACAAAAAAAUGUGACACUGUCUCUCUGCUCAGAGAAAACCUGAACAUAGAGACCUCAGGGUUUACUUCCAGGUACCUUCUACUGCCAACAGUUAAUCACGCUGCUCUUCAGAUUUUGAAAUCCCAGAAGAUCAUUAAUGAAAGCAAUGUUGAAAUCAUCUUUGGAUCAGGAUUUCCACAUGAUGAAGAAUACUCUCAGGUUUGCCGCACAGUAAACAAAAUAAAGACCUGCAUGGAGACAGGAAGGUCAGUUGUCCUACUCAAUAUUCAGAGCCUUUAUGAGAGUCUCUACGAUGCUUUGAAUCAAUGCUAUGUGAAAUUAGGGGGGAGUUACUAUGUUGACCUGGGGCUGGGAUCUCAUAGAGUAAAAUGCAGAGUCAAAGAUGAAUUUCGACUGAUUGUCAUCGAAGAGAAAAGCACAGUGUAUGAGCAGUUCCCUACACCGCUGCUAAAUCGCUUGGAAAAACACUGCUUGGAGAUUAGUGAUAUUCUCCCAGACCAUGCUCAAGAGCUGCAGGCUGAACUGGAGGAAGGGCUUAACAAAUUCGUGACACAGGAUUUAUCUGAAAGAAACCAGCUCUUCUCUAACAAGAAGAAAUAUGACACUAUAGUUGGCUACACAGAAGAUACGUGUGCAUCUGUACUUUUACACUGCUGUCCACAAAUAGUGUCCCGGGAACUGGAUCAUGAUGAGAGAGAGAAAACUCUUGAAAUGGCCCAGGAAAUGCUUCUUCAGUGUGCAACUCCAGAUUCUGUUUUGAGAGCCACAAAAUACAUGGAGGAAAAUUCUGAGAAGCUUCUAGAGGUGUACUUUUCAAAGCAGCCACAUGGCAACCUAAUAAAGGCUUUAAAGACAUACCGAGAGCAUGAAACUGAUGGAAUUUGUCUUGAGGUAUCCACAUAUUCUCGACUGCUCAAUAAAAGAGAUGUGGAGAAGAUCAGUAAGGAGCUUGGUAUUGCAGAUCGUGAUUCGUGUCUCUUCUUACUGAAUGAAUUUUACACAGAGCAGUCAUUUUCUCAAGCAGUAAGUGAAUUUCUUGGUAUUGAUAAAGGAGCACGCAAACUCCUGCUACUACAGUCUUACUUUGAUGAUCCAAGGCAAAGUCAGCGGCUUCUCUUCUGUGUGAGACACAGCAUUACACAAAUCAAAACUUCAUUCUCAGAUGGAACUGCUUUUGACAUUGUGCUCCUUACAAGUCUACCUCGGAUUUCAGGAGGCUGUGGAUAUAUUGCUACCUUUGAAGAUGGCUGGGUUUCACUACACAUGGAUGAACUAAUUAAAACUCCAGGAUUUCCUGGUGACAUUUACGAGCUACAGUGCUUGACUAUCUCUGAAAGUCUCGCAAAAAGUUCCUUACCUGCAACAGAGAAUCCUGACAUGAAUAUUCCUAAAGCCCCAUUGUGUGGAAAACAGGAUGUCUUGGUUGACACACUCUUGCUAAUGAAGAAAUCUUUACAGAAGGGUAUUUUGCAGCUGCGUGACAAAGCAGAUAACACACAAAGAGCAACAACACGUGUAGAAAUUCUCCAUGGGCUGUUGCAAAAGAAAUACACUGUGUCUGAUGCUUUCAUUAAAUCCAUGGAAAGAAGAAUAGUCAGCUUUCUUUCAGAGCAGGAGAAAAUAAAGGGAAAAGAGAACUGGGUUGUUGCUCAGGCACUUUCUGAUGGCUUUGUUGCAGAAGGCAGCUCAUUUAGACAUGUGCUGUGGGUUCAUCUGGAGGACACUGUGGCCUCAGCUCUAGCCCACAUACUGGCGGUCAUUGAUGGAGACAAUAACCUGGAUAAUCUGAUCAAUAAUCAACCGACAGAAAAGACUGACUUCUGGCUGCGAGUAUUUCAGGAGGAUCAGUGGGAUCUGCUGAAGAUUCCAGUCACUACCUUUCAAGGGAAAGUAUCCAUUCUUUCAACGAGUGGUGACCACACUAAGUCAUGGACAUGUCAUUUCCCAUUUAGCUGGGCUUUAAAAGAGAAAUUUGAUGAGAUAUGGUCAUGUGUCAUCAGUCUGAAAGGGCCAGCUGUUAGACCUGCUAAGGAGUACCUGGAGAAGUUUGAAGAACUGAUACCUCUUCCCUGGAUUAAGAGCAUAACAAAAGACCAUAACCUGUUUGCCAAUUUUUCUGAAGAUCUUGUAAACAUCUCAAUGCCAUUGUUUCCACAUGACCUAAAUAAAUCUUUUUCAGAAACACUCACAAGACUCACACCACGUCUCUAUCAUGAUUUAACGGGAAAUGAUCCUGAAGGUGUCCCUCUGCCCUGGCUGUAUGUAGUUAACAAAUACAUGCAUGACAACCAUCAACUUUUAUACAGUUUAUUUUUACAAAACACAGAUGUGGUCACUGCAGGGGAAGCAACUGAGGCACUUAAUCAGGUACUUCAGGGCCUUCAGCCAAAAGAAAGUGAGCUGAAAGACUUCAACAGCUGCCAGCAGUGGCUAAAGAAAGUGAAGUCUGUGUCUGUGGCUGUUGACUUGAUCCUUUCAGAGGACUCUCUGGUGACACGUCAUGCUGAAAAUGCAGAAACGCUACUCACUAAAAUCAGACUUUUCUGGCAAAAUAUCUGGAUAAUCUAUUUACUGAUGGACCACCUUCUGCAAAACGAGCAGGAAAUGGAGAAAAAACUUCUGACCUUUCUCGUGAGAAAUCUGCUGUUUGCAUGGAAGAAACUAAACUCAGAAGAAGGGAAGCAGAUGGAGAGUGUGAUCGAUCAUGUCACAGCGAUUCUGGCUAAAUGUAACAAGAAUGCUUGUAAUGUGUUCAUCGUCGUGUGUGGCUACUGCGACAAGGACUUCACUGAGGACGACACAGCUGAGGUGGAAUGUGGACACAUGUUUCACUUAUCCUGUUUAAGAGAGCACAGUGACACUCAGUGUAGGAAGUGCAAAAAACAGAUCACCCAAGAUUACAAACCAUGUGGAGUUGUGGCCAAAGAAACUUUUCUAAAAGUCAACAGAUUUAGAAGAAAGUGCAACUCAUUCUUUGUGGAGUUCAUGUGGAACUUCAUCAGCAGCAAAGAGCAACUGACUGAAAAAGUAUUAAAUAAGCUCAUGGACUAUGUAGGAUGUAGCCCAGCUCCAGAAGUUUCAAGUGUGAGGUCUACAUUAGAGCAGUGCAUGAAGCCAGACCGUGCUGUCCAGUCUCUCAUACUCAAGAUCCUGCUGAAAUGCGGAAUGGAGGAAACGGCACCAGAGCUUCAGAGGUUCAUUGAAGGGGCUGUGAAAUCAAAUGAUAGAAACUCGGAUGAUAUCUACUUCAUGGUGGUGCGCAGCAUCGAGGAUCACAUCCACUUUUCCAGUCAAGGCCGUCUCAUCAAAGAGGCAAUCAAAUGUCUUAGUACAUGUGUGUUCAGUGAGUCUGACCAGAACAUGAUCGCCAAGGAUUUACACACCAUCGCAAAACUGCGCUUUGCCAUCACAGUUGCCUCAGAUGCCAUCAGGACUGUUCUGUCUAAAGCAGGAACAGUUGAUGCUGAAGACUCUAAACUCCUGCAAAACUUGAAGGAGCUUUUGUCUAACACUGGCAAUCCAUGGAUUCAGAUAUUUCUGUUACGCAACAUCUGUGAGACGCAUGGAUCCAGCUUCAUCUAUCAACUGGGACAAAGUGAAACAUUUUGGUGGACUAUACCGAGACAAGUCUUGAAAGAACAGCAGGACAUGUCUAAACAAACAGUGGAUCAAUUCCAGAUGUAUGGUGAAAUGUACAAGAAGAUUACCUUGGAUUCAUUCAGAGCUCUAGAAGAGCCUUCACACGAAAUUGCACAGGAGUUUGAUGACGGCAGUCCAUGUUUCUAUGUGUGUAUGGCAUUGGCUGCAGUUAGACAGGCCUCACACAACACAGCCUCAACCAACAAUGAAGGAUCUCUGAUCUCCAAGAUGAAGAUGAAAUCAAUCACAGACCCCAGCUGGGGACAGCUUGUUAAAAUCUGUUUGUCCGAGAUAAAGGAUUGCAGUUUGUCUCAAAUUGUUUUACACACUGCACUAGUAGCACAAGUAUCUUCAGGACCAGAGAUGAAACUGCUAAAUGCUCUGUGCUUCAAUCCAGGACAAUGCAAGGGUUUCUUCAUCCCAACCAUGCCAAACCCAGUAAAUGAAAUAAAAGACUGGACUAAGGAUGCGACGAAAUCAGCAGAGAAUGUGAAAAUAUGGGUGUGUGGGUGUGGGGAACCUGUUUUGAUUGGUAAUUGUGGUAGACCAAAUGAAAAAUCAAAGUGUGCAAGCUGUGGCAAUGAAGUUGGUGGUGAAGGAUACGUCCCAGUAGAAGGUUUUACAGAGUUUAAUGAUGCACAGGGUAGCGGAAGAGGUCACAACCUUGGUGACCCCAACAAUCGCAAGGAGCAGGAUGGAAAGAGGAGUCUUUAUGGUGCUAACCUUCACAUGGUGCGAGCUUUAAUCCACUCCUCUAUGCUCUGGGGUACCAGUGAACACACUGAGGAGGUGCAGAAUCUCAUUGUGAUGCCACAAGGAGCACAUGAUGUCAGGAAGUAUCUCCUUGAACAUCUUCGGAAGGACAUCGAACUACUUGCCAAAGCUUUAGGAAAGAGUGAGCAAGAUGCUGAGAUGACUGUCCACUUAUUUCUGAAGCUCUUGUUGGAAAGUUCCUCUGAGCCAAACAUUCAGAUCCAGAUAACAGACAGUGAGGAAAAACGGGAGGAAUGGGAGAAGAACAUUUACCAAAGACUUCAGGUCUUCUUUCAGACUUUUGAGGCACAGUUAUUGGAGGUACAGAGUAAUAUUCUAAAAUUAAGUGGCAUGGAUACUUUGGCACAAUUGAUCUACAGUAAGGAGCCAGCGCUGGAGGACCUGCCCACCUCCGGAGUGUUCAACCUUCCACUGAUGUGGAGCUUCGAGCAGAGGAUGACCAUCCAGCGCUUCAGUCACCUGAUUGAGCAGAAAGAUGAAAGGAGAAAUGUUCCUCUUCUCUCAGAACUCCUGAAAAGUCAUGUUCACAUUCAACAUCUCCGAUAUCUCCCACAAGUGCUGAGCCUCCAGCAGAAACUGAUGUAUUACUUUGAGAACCUGGAUCUGCAGUGUUACAGUAAAGUGCCCAUAAACACCUUCAUGAAGGAACAUGUGGCAGAUAACGAGCAACUGGUGUUCAUUAAAAGUGCUGACAUUGUGAAGUCAUUAUGGAAACAUUUAAAGUCAAUUAAUUACUUACAGAUACCAGCUGAGGUGAAAGAUAAACAUGAGGAUGACUUAAAGAUACUGGACCUCCUUCCAACGGAAUGCUCGGUCACUCGGAUUAUAACAAAGUACCUCGUCCAGAUGCAGAACAACUUCAUACAGAUGACCAACCCUAAUGCAGACAGAGAAAUAACCGUCAAUGAGCUGAAGCCUUCCCAUGUCAUCACCUGUGUUCCUGAGCAAGACUUCCUCACUAUUGCCAUUUCAAACAUCGACCAUGUGGUGUAUCAGGACGGGAAACAGAGCACCAACUAUAAUUUUAAAACUGUGGAGAGCCAGAUAAUAGAUCGAUUCUUCGCAGAGAAACCAAAGAUCAAAGUCACUACAGUCCCGUUAUUUGAAUAUAACACAGGAACAACGCUGCGUGCCUUUUUCAGCAAAGUGCAGGACAAGUUGGAGCCCUUGAACACCAAUGACAGGAACUGCAUAAUGAAUGAUUUCCGGUUUUUGAAUGAGAUUUCCGCAGCGCUCUCCACUCUCCGCAUUGUUAUUGGAUUUCUGAAGCUGUCGUUUCCUUCACCUGAGCUGAAGCUUGUGAUGUACCUGAAGAAAGACCUGAAACUGGAAGACCGAGCACACACACUCAACUUACAGGUGCUGAGAUCCAGCCAGGUGAAGCACAUUCAGUCCCUGUGGGAGGCGUUAUCACUGAGACAGUCAUCACUGCUCAUUGAGAUGAAUCAGAAUCCCUUCAUCAUGAUCGAGGACCAACAGUUUCAUGAGAUGUUCACAAAAAAUCAGGAGGAAGAAAAUAUGAAGAUUCUGGCAGACAUCACUGAAUUGGAUAUUCUUAUCACUGAGCUUCACUACGUCAUUCUAAACAUGAAGCUCAAAGAAGUCCAACCAAAAUGGACAAUUAUGGAAACCUUUGACGCCUUCUGUGAUUGUGAUGAGAUCAACAAGAAGGCUAUCGAGUGUCUGAAGGUUCUUCCAGAGAUGAAGAUGAAAUACGGCAUCGCUCUGUGGAAACUAGCAGUGCAGAUCAAGAAAGGGAUAAAAAACACCAAAUCUGUGUGAAGUGAAUCUGCAGCAUGCAUCCAUGAAUAUUGCCAAGUUUUAUUUACUUUCUUUAACAUUUAUCAUAAUCAGAGUUUCCUAUCUUAGCUUCUAUCUCACACUGAAUCUCAUUUAGACAACAUAUUCAUGUCAAAGCAUUUAGACUAGAACACAAGUGAACUAACGGGGUUUAAAACACAGUUAAAAUGAAUAAGAAUGGUAUUAGGUGAUGGGAAAAACAAAACAUGCAUAAACUGCCUUGUAAUGCUUCUUUUAAAACCUUUCAUCAUUUUCUUCUUAGCUACUUAACUUGAGUUUGUAAGAGGGUUUUCUCUUUGAGGGUAAUCAUGAUGUUUUCCAGAUGUUAUUAGUAAUAAUCAGUGAGGAUUGAAGUCAUAUACGAUUUUGGAAAUUUGGGAUUUUUGUUUUUUUUCUGUUCUGAAUGUGUUUCUUCGGGCUUCUGUAGUUACUAAGCAAAUAAAAAUGAUAAGCAUCCAA